AGCUGAAAGAAUGAACCCCGCGAGCGAGGUACACCAUGGCAGAUGCUCCAUAUAUAACCAUUGCUAAGCUCGUGUCCGCUGCAGUGGUGUGACAGUGGCGUAGCUCCAGAGGGUCUCGUGUCUUAGAGUUUAUGUUCUCCAUCGUUGAACGACCUGCCAUUGGACUCCCUGCUAGGAUGGCCCUUCCGAAAAUUCUGGCCCCACUGACUAUUCUCCUCCUUCCAGGAAUCGUUUCCUCAGCAGUAGUCGGCGAGUCCAAGCUUGACGCGUGUUUGGGCCCGCACGAUAUGGCCACGCUACUAUAGCCAUCGGGUGAAUGGCACCGCUACCUCACCGUGGAUCAGGCAUGAAAACUGGCAAGGUCGAUUUUCAUUUGAAAUUUAGUUAAGAGUUAAAGGCGUGGACUGACAUUUGGGACUUUUCGUGAUGCCUAUUGCUCCAAGUUACUCCAGUCGAGACUUGAUGCUAAGUGGAAACGUUCAGUUAAUUCCUUUGAGCUGUGCUCACUAACCGAAAAUAAACUUACUAACAUAAAUCAGUAUAGCGAAAAAUUGCAGAAUUAGAAAGAUACAGUUCAAUAGGAGAUACAGUCGGAUAACGAUUGAUAAAAUAUGAAGAAAAUAUUUCAUUAGGAGAUAGAAAUUGCAAUUGAUUUAUAUUAAACAUUGGCCAAAUCUUAUAUAGCUAUUUGGACAUGGGGUAAUUACCAAGAAAUAUUGAUUUAUCACAGGCGAGAAUGUGUGCUGAUUAAUAACCACUAUUCAUUUCGUGAAGAUUGCUAGAUAAGUACAGAUUUGACUUCACAUAUGUUAAAUCGAGUGCGUACACAAAAAGCAAGAAGACUGAUUUAAAAAAAUAAUGAGGAAAAAAUAAUGUUAACUUAUUUGCUCUGGAUGUACCUAAACUGCAUUUUCAAUCUGAGUCUGACGAAUCUCGUUAACGUGUAGUCCCUGCGCUAGCAGUAUGCAUCGAAAUAAAUCUAAGCCCAUUUGCAUGAAGCCCAGAAAGUGCCUGCAUUUGUCUCUUUUUCUGGCCAACUUUUCAGAUGCUUAUAUUGCGAAGUUCCCGAGAUACGUCGGUAGAUCGCCAAACGGUGGGUCGUGGUAAGGUGGUAUGUUACUACCAGACGUGGGCAUACAACCGACCGUCUCCUUAUAGCUACGACAUUGAAGAUAUUCCUGCAGACUUGUGCACCCAUCUUAUUUACUCGUUCGUUGGGCUGAGCAACAAAACCUGGGAGGUGAUGGCAAUUGACCCAAAUUUGGACAUCGAGAAAAACGGUUAUAAACGCUUCAACGAUCUUAAGAGAAAGCACUCGAAUCUCAAAACAAUUCUAGCCAUUGGUGGCUGGGAUGAAGGUGGCCAAAAAUACUCGGACAUGGUAAGCUCGAAAGAACGGCGUGCAACAUUUGUGCAGUCUGCAGUCAAGUGGGUCAAGGAACAUGAUUUCGAUGGAUUUGACCUCGACUGGGAGUAUCCAGGAGCAUCCGACCGCCAAGGCAAAUAUUCUGACAAAGAGAACUUCCUCAAACUCGUCCAAGAGUUACGCGCUGAAUUCGACAAGCAGGAACCUCGUCUCCUUCUGACCGUUGCUGUACCAAUCGCCAAAUUUCGCUUAGAUGAAGGAUAUGAGGUCAAAGCCCUUGCUCAACUAUUCGAUCAUAUUCACGUUAUGUCUUACGAUCUACGAGGUAACUGGGCCGGCUUCACCGAUGUUCACAGUCCGCUUUAUCCCCGACCGUUUGACGAUUGGGGUUAUGCGAAACUCAAUGUGCGCGACGGACUCCAACUUUGGGUAGAGCGCGGAGCACCCAAACACAAACUGAUCGUUGGUAUUCCGAUUUAUGGUCGUACCUAUACGUUAGGUAGCAAAGACAAUCACGGACUGCACGCGGGCAUCCGCCGUUGGGACACCGAUGGUGGCAAGCCCGGUCCCUACACUAACGCCAGUGGUUUCCACGCCUAUUUCGAGAUCUGCAAAAACGUUCAGGACAACGGAUGGAAACGGGAGUGGGACGAUAUUGGAAAAUGUCCCUACGCUUAUAAAGAUGACCAGUGGGUAGGGUACGAAGAUGAACAAUCGCUAGCUAUCAAACUUGACUUCAUCAUUAAGCAAGGCUACGGAGGGGCAAUGGUUUGGGCUGUCGACAUGGACGACUACCGUGCCGAUUGCCAUAGUAUGAAAAACCCACUUAUGACCAUGAUUAGUUCAGUUAUGGACAGUUUCGAACCGCCGGAAAUUCCAUCGACGACGAUGACGACGACAACAACGUCACGUCCCAUGGACGAAGGCUCUGGUUCUAGCUCUGGAAGUAAGUCAACUUCGUCCACCACGACUACGACAAGACGACCCGUCCUACCGCCUGACUCCAAGGUCUGCAGGGACCCGCAAUUCAUGUUCUACCCACACGAGAAAGAGUGUGCGAUGUACUAUUUAUGCGUACACGGUCAACCAGAGCUAAAGAAAUGCCCCAGCAAAACAGUGUGGGAUACCGAUAAACUCAUUUGCAAUUGGCCGAUCAAUGUAUCUCGUGAGCAAUGUCGCAAUGCUGUUAUGAAACCAGAGGAUUAUAAGGAAUCGAACGAUGUCGUUGUUCAGUCCGAGACUGAAAAGUCAAAAGGAACAACCCUACCUGUCACACCCAGCACGGAAUCCACAAUAGCACUUACCGCUGCAUCGACUAUGAAUUAUAAAAAUUUUAACUCUUCUAGAAAUCUGAUUGAAAACAAUCAGAGCAGUGAAACGAGCGACAAGAAAAUUUUCAUAUGAGCGAAACGGAAACAGCCGGAUCUCACUAAAACGUGCAGGAACCUUUACCUAGAUGUUUAAGAAAGUUUUAAGUAAUACGGUUCAUCCCCAUCGGUCCAGCCCUUACUAAAGGGGUUCAGGACCAAAUUUUCGCUGCUGGUACCCAGCUGCCAGUAUCUAAUCUAGUUAGGUAAUUGGGUAUUACCGAAUCUCCGCACAACAGAAGGUCGACAAGGACGGACAUCCGAGAGGUUUGCCAAGCAAUCCUCCAAUCUCUUGAAUUCAUCUUCGAACUUGAUUUUUUCACUAUCAUCUCUUCUUAGUAUCCUACUAGAAGUCACCAAUGAGGCUACGGCUUCGCCUUUAUCUUCCAGUAAUCCCUACUUUUUUUUUUAAAAGUACAUUACUUUCACUGAAAUCUCUUUGAAAAAAUGUUUCGGCACCAAUUUUCCUAUUUAAAUUUCACCUGAUCCAUGCCACCGAUUCUUUUUUCCAUCGAAGUAUCUUUCUGACACUACCAUAGCUACUCUCACCUACUACUCCUUGUUCGCAUGUGGCAAUCUUUUUUGCUAAAAUGCGAACUUUUUCAGAUAGAAGAAUAUAGCGGCUGUGGGAUCAUAGUAGCAGUGGUUUUCGUCAUUCGAUUUGCCUCUAAUAAUUUAUGUCCUACUACCACAAAUUUACAUAAAUAUAUACCAAGAUGAAAGAAAGUUACCGCGCUGCCUUCCACUGCUACUUUUUCUUCGGAUGGGGCGCGGAGUCCUUGGUUUUUUGACCUUCCAAUGAUAUUGCAGCCUACGCAAUCUUCCAGUUCGCCACUACCGUCCUGUAUAGAGGUUGUUGCCCUAUCAUGUUUGCCUUAGCUUCACGCUCUCAACUUUACCCCAAAGCAUACAUGAAAAUCUCAGCUGUCUUUCAGCAGAAGAUGGGCGAAACAGACAUUGCCGCCCAUUUUCUUUCCUCUUCAGUUCAUCCGUACAGUCAUCACUGGCGAUGAAUGACCUGUGUUGGCGACUGGCGGCAGAACAAGGGGCAGAAUAAUUUAUUGUCAAAACAAGGACAUAUAACCUAUUUAUAUACACACACAUAUACGGUUAGCAAUACAGUGAUCGUGGAAGAGAGUCGCCAAACAAAAUGAGAGAAAUGGAAAGCAGAAGAACCGAAGAGGAAAAAUGAAGAAAGCAGGAGCAGUAGGAGGAUAACGAAGAACAUAAAAACAAACGAGAAUAAAGAAAUAAAUAACUGAUAAACAGGGAGAGAAAGAUCACGAAAAAAUAGCCGAAGUAUACGUAGGCAUUCAUAGCAACUCGCAAUGAGGCAGACAUGGUACACAGUCUUUACAUGGUGACACACAUAUAUAUAUAGCACGCGACAACAUGCUAGUGCUUGACAACAAUAAAAUUUGUGGACCUAAAAUACGA